CCCCCCCCACUUAAGCACGACAUUGCCCUCAAUGGAGCAUAGGGAGAGAUAAGGGGAACGAUGUUACCGGAUUGAAAUGCUGCGGGAGACUGUAGUGGACCAGUCGGCGGGGAACUUAUCGAACGAACGGGCAGUUCUGCACGAAGGGAAUAACAAGAACACACAAGCACAUUGUGCGUUAGGGAUCAUAGUUGGUCCAAAUGGCCACAAAAGAAACAAUCCACAAAAGAAAACCAAAAGAACAAAAACAAACGAUAGACUCAGUUCAAGCUCCUCAAACACAUGGCGCAAACAUAAAAAGUCUAAAAAAGCACACACUGAGGGGCGACAAGUAUAGCCUACUCGUCACCAAGGUUGUCCAGAUCUAUGUCAUUCAUGAAUGCAUCAUCAUCAUCAGCUGGUGGAGGUGGAAGUGGAGAGUCCUCCCAGGGAGUCCUCCAGACUGGCUGCUCGCCCGGUAGCAGCUGGAGCAGGUGCUGUUGGACCUCCUGCAUGGGCCGAGAUCGUGCCUACUCCCUCUCGAUGCGAGCCAGGGUCACCCCCUGCUGGGUCUCCAUCCGAUCAAGACGCUCAUCAUAAGCGGCCAUCUGAGUUUGGUACUCGGCAUGGUGAGCCGAAUACUGCUGCUGAAACUGGAGCUGAUGGUCGUAGAGAUGCUGAUUCUAGAGACGCAGCUGCUCGAACUGCUGAGUGAAGUAGUCCUGGCCGAGGAAAGUGGAACUGCCACCCCCGUACUCGAAGGUGGUGGGGCGGGACGGCAGCAGUAUCAUCCACA